AGCAACAAAAAUGGGUGUGUUUUGGCUAUUGUUGUGAAGCAGAAGGGUGGUGAGUUCUCGCAGUUCUUGUUAAAUGCGUUGAAUUAUAUCACAAAGUGGAAGUUCACGCUUAAGGAGCUCGCUCAUUUCCUUAUGAUGGAACCUUUUCGUUCCACCUAUGCUUCGCGUGGAAUCUACUUGCUGCAGGGUCCGCCUAGUCAAAAUGUUGGGGUUUGCCGGUUUUUUGGGAUCACUCGGGCCAUACCAUUGUUCUGCAUGGAUUUUUCUGCCGCUCCUUUUUGUUUUAUGUAUCUGCACUCUGCAAUGUUUUUGAGAUCUAUGUUUAACUCACUUUUUCUGCUACGUGGUGAAACCAUUGUGUCUGAGACAAUUGAAGUGAAUGAUGGACAACAGAAAAUGAUUGUGGUUGCAAAUGGUGAUGAGUUUUCUAUAGCAAUGACAAGGAAGAACGAAAAUUAUGACAUGGAUUCUGAAGAUGAAAAAUGGCUCAGGAAGUUCAACAAAAAGUCUCUACGUGUUUCAAAUGAAAAUUUUGAGUUAAUUGUUGAUGCUUUGGAAAAGGCUUUUCAUUUUAAUCCAGAUGGUUGUGUUGAUGCAAAAUCUGCUGCUAACCAGUGUCCUCAGGAUCUUGGUACUAAGGAUGUUUUAAAAGCUGUGUCUAGAUACUGGAUGAAGAAACGAAAACAAAAACUUACGCCACCGAUUAGGGUUAUCCAGAAUUCUGAACCAGAGACAGCUCCACCUAUUCGUCAACAUUUGCUACGAAAGAGGAGGUCACUUAGAAGGCCGAUUCGAUAUGGUGGAGGAAAAUAUCGUGGUGCUUGGCAAGACAAAGGUGUGAACUGUGAACUCGUCAACUUUUCACUAACCUUUGAUCCACCUACCUUGAUGGUAAGACAAUGUGCCAGUUCUUGUCUCAAAUUGAGAACAUUAAUUGUUGACAAACUUGCUGGUUUGGGAAAUCCAGUACUACUUGAAGAACACGUUGACACCAUACUAGAAGGCUUAUCACAGGAUUAUGCAUUAGUGAUUUCUGUCAAAGAAAGCAAGUUUUUGACUCCUGUUGUUGAAGUUGAGGCUAUUCUUCUUGCACAUGAAUCUUAA